AUGCAAGGAAUCACCCGUCAAAAAACAAUCGAUGUUUGUCGCUCCAAUGGCAUUCCUGUUCAGGAAUUGGACUUCAGCCUCACGGAGGUCUAUGGAGCCGAUGAAGCAUUCGUUACUGGAACAUUCCCUUCGCAACUUCACAUUCGAGAAGUUGAUAGCCGAGAGAUUGGAGAUUUAGAGCAAGAUACUGCACGUUCAAGGGCAGAGAUUGCGAGUGAGGUUGAGUAA